AGGAGAAGAAGGUUCCUCGGCCAGCGCUGAAGGCAAUGGCGGCGGAAGCGGAGGAGGAGGUCCGGCUGGAGGUGGAGGCGGUGGCGGCGAUGUACGGAGAAGACUGCCGCGUGGUCUGCGACUUCCCUCCCCACCUCGUCGUCCACGUCCGCCCCAAUACCGCCGACGACUCCUCGCAGCAGUUUGUAGAACUCUUUCUUGGAAUGAAAGCAUCUUCCGAGUAUCCAAAAGAACCACCUCAUGUUUGUGCUGUCGAAAGUAAGGGCCUUGAUGAGAAUAGACAGGCAAAUCUUAUUAGCAGCAUCCAGAACAAGGCAAAAGAGCUUUCCGACUACCCAAUGCUUGUGACUCUAUGUGAGGAAGCUGGAGAGAUCCUCUCGAAUAUGAACCACCCAGCUGGCGAUUGUCCACUGUGUCUAUAUCCUUUAGUCCCAGAGUAUAAUGAUAGUUCUGCUUUGUCAUUCAUGAAGUUGAUGUCAUGCUACCACUGCUUCCACAGUGACUGCAUUAUGAGAUGGUGGGGAUGGCUUCAAAAUGACGAUGACAAUGCUGAUUCUAAGAAGAAUGGUACGGUAGUAACUGGAGGAUUAGAUUUGUCCAGCUCAGACAAGCUAAAUCAUCACAAAGGAUUUUGCCCAGUUUGCCGUAAAGUGUUUGAUGAGAAGGAUAUCGAGCAUGUUCGUGAUCUAUUGAAUGCAAGCACUACUCAACAAAUGGCGUCUUUAACAGUUGACCUGGGAGAAGAUGAUAAAGAAUUGCUCCAUUCCGAGGCAGAGAAGAAGAGGAGAGAAAAAUUCGGGUCAUUGUUUAAUCUGCAACAAGAACGGAAUGGUUUAAUUGAACCGAAGAAAGACCUUGCCAUACAGCCUGGAAUGUAUGUUUCUCUUCCACCUAAUGAGCCAACCACAAGUGCAGGAGACGGCGCCAAUUCUUGUGAAGCAACGGCAACUUCAACUUCAGAAACAGAUUUACGCAGCAUGGCAAACAACGCCGAUGGCAGCAAGAAGCAAAACAGUUCAGGCCCUCGAAGGAGAAACCGAGCUUCCGCUCCCAGAAGACAACCCCAGGGUCAAGCUGGUGGGCAACAGUGGCAGAGAGGUCAAGUUGCUGGGCAACAGGGUCAGAGAGAUCAAGCUGCUGGGCAACAGUGGCAAAGAAGUCAAGCUGCUGGGCAACAGGGGCAGAGAGAUCAAGCUGCUGGGCAACAGUGGCAGAGAGGUCAACCUGCUAGGGAACAGAGGCAGAGAGGUCAACCUGCUAGGGAACAGUGGCAGAAGAAGGAUGCAGACACUUCACACCAAUAACCU